UCACCGUAGCAGGGCUGAUGACAUCAUACUGCAUAUAGCAAGAUCAGACAAACUGCUUGCAUCGAUCAGACGGUACCCUCGCGAAAUGACGGUUCAGUCCCCCUCCCUAUCCUAUAAAUACCAACCAGUACGACGCAGCAGCCAGAGCAUGCGCUUGUGUACUCUCGGCCUGUAGCAUCGAGCACACCAGACAGGUGCCAGAACCGCUGGAAACUUUGGCCAUGGCGGUGGCGGCACGCAGAAACGGCCGUGGCGCGACGGCACCAGCCGCCGUUCUGGCGCUGAGCCAGCUACUCCUCCUCGCCACCCACUCGGCCGCCUGCGGCGGGUACUCGCCGUGCCCCAAGCCGCCGGCCGUGCCGGCGCCGUGCCCGCCGACCCCGAGGACGCCCACGCCCAGCGGCGGCGCGGGCAGCAGCAGGUGCCCCGUGAACGCGCUGAAGCUGGGCGCGUGCGCGAGCGUGCUGGGCGGGCUGCUGAGCCUGGAGCUGGGCCAGCAGCAGCAGGGCUCGUCGGCGCCGCCCGGUUCCACCACGAAGCCGUGCUGCCAGCUCCUGGGCGGGCUGGCCGACAUGGACGCGGCCGUGUGCCUGUGCACGGCGCUGCGCGCCAACGUGCUGGGCGUCGUCCAGCUCAGCCUCCCCGUCGGGCUCAGCGCCCUCGUCAACUCCUGCGGCAAGAAGGUCCCGCAGGGCUUCCAGUGCCCGACCUGAUCGAGCACUCGUCCAUGUUUAAGUUGGGCCUCUUCGGUGGCCCACUGUUGUGUGUCUUGUGUUGUGCGACUCGUCAAAUCCUGUGCUACUAUGGUGUUGGUGCGUUCGUUCUGUUCUAUCGCUUAGUUAGUCUGUUCUAAGAUUGUGAUCAUUAAUUGGGGUUUAUGCAAGUCGUUAUGUAUUCUAA